AAUUUAUUUAUUUAUCGAAUAUGUUUGCCUUCACGUGUUAUUUACUUUAUGUUUUGAUAUUUGUUCUGGUCGGUUAUGCUCAAUAAUUAUUUUUUAUCAUUCAAAAAAACAACAACCGUUUUUUUCCCCCGUAAACGCUUUUUGUGUCUUUAUUUUAUGUUCCGCUUCAUGUUUCAGCCGGAAUCUCAUUCAGCGACACACUGUUAUUUCCCUGUGGUUAGCGAACCGCCGGCAGCUUCUAUUGACUGGAGUUUAAAAACAGCGAAAAGAGAUAAAAUAUAUAAUUUAAAGAACAUUUUAUCAGCUGAGAGUGACCGCUAUCACUGCCAGCUAUUUGUUCAGCUCGCAGUCUGUGUUGAUAUCAAACUGAGCAGCUUUAAACUGGUACUUUCUGUUUUCUACCGAUGUUAGCAUGGAGGCUAGCGGGGACACGGCGAGCCUCCCCCCGGGAGAAGAGCUCCAGGCCGGGCAGUUAGCCCUGAAGGAGGACCUGGAGGAUCUGGAGCUCGCACUAGCAGACAUGACGGUGGAAGAGCUGCUGCAGAAGGUUCAGGCCGUGCAGACGGACAGCACCAGUGAGGAGCGCGGCGUGAACACGGCGGCGGACUGGGAGAGCCAGCUGGCGGCGAUGGUGGCGUACAGCGCGAGUCUGACGGAGAGAUACGACGGCCUGGUGAGGAAACAGGACGAGGACGAGCUGAACCACGAGCAAAACAAACUACAGGUGCAGAAGAAGAAGGAGGAGGCCACACGGCAGCACCAGGCUCUUCUGGACAAACUGGAGUCUGUGAGGGUCAAACUGCAGCUCAACAACUCGAAGGCGACGCGGAAGAACUUCUUAGCCAAGAAACAGGAAAUGACAUCGGAGAAGAACAGAGCGGAGGAGGAGAGGAACAGGCUGGCCAAAGAUCUGGAGGAGAGCGAGAGGAAGCUGGCGGUGCUGACGGAGGAGCAGAGCGAGGAGCAGCGCAGGUGGAGGGAGGAGCUGGACGAGCUCAGGCAGGAGAUGGAGCGGGUGAGGAAGGAGGCGCAGGAGGCGGAGCUGCUGGCCCUGCAGGACGAGAUCGGCGCUGUGGAGCGUCAGCGGGACGUGGCCAUGGCUCGCAUCGACGGCUGGGCCAGAGAGGUGGGUCAGUACCUGAACGUGCUGCGGCUGGAGUUCCCGCAGCAGUACGUCCUGGAGAAGCAGCAGUGGGAGAAGAAGGAGGUGCUGGUCCGGAGGAACCAGGCCGAGCUGCAGAGCCGCUUCCAGGAGGUCCUGCAGCAGCUGCAGCAGGGCCGCGAGUUAGAGUCCCUGCCCCGGAUCAACGUCCCCAACCUGCCCCAGGUCCCCAUGGCCGACCUGAGGUUCAGUCAGGUGAUGCAGUCUCUGGCCCGCGCCCAGUUCAUGGCUCCGCCUCCUCCGAUGAUGCAGAUGAACAGGCCCCUCCCCCCGCAGAGACUCCCUCACUUCUUCCAGCACCCGUUCCAGCCGCCACCACACCACCCCCAGUUCCGCCACCGCUUCCACCACAUGCCACCGCACCACCAGUUCCAGCCCAUGCAGCCGCCGCCGCAACAUCAGCAGUACCCGCCGCAGCACCCGCCGCCGCCUCACUUCCAGCCGCACAUCAGAGCCCCGCCUCCCAACCUGUCCCCGUCCCCUCCUGUCCACCCUGCUGUCCCGUCUCCGCCUCCCGCUGCAGCCGCUCCCGCCCCCGCCGGUAAGCUGGACAAGGUCCUGGAGAAGCUGGGUGCCCGCUUCCCACAAUGCAACAGGGCGCAGCUGACGUCUCUGCUGCAGCAGGUGAAGAGCUCCCGCGGCACGCUGGCCGGCAUGUCCUUCGAGGAGGUCAUCGAGCAGGUCGGCUUCAAGCUGGCGCAGGGCGAGCGCUCGGCCCCGGGGCCCAUCAGCAGGCCCUCGCCGCCGGGCCCCAUCCAGAGGCCCACGCCCCCGCCAACGCAGACGCAGAGGGCGGUGGGGGCGGCGUCUCCGGGCACCGCGGCCCGCAAGCUCUGCCUGAUGUGUCAGAACCACGUGGACCCGGAGAGCCGCCACCCGCUCAGCUGCUCCCACACCGUCCACAGAGACUGUAUCCGCGUCUGGCUGCAGUCCAGCAAGAACAACUCGUGUCCCUUCUGCCCCGGGAAGUGACGCCGCCUCGCCUCGCCUCGCCUCGCCACGCCACGCCAAAGGUCACGCUGACACCUUCACAGUUUUUCUAACCAUGUUUUUGUAAAAUACAACCUGCAAUAAAGUUCAUUAAAUAAUACACAUGAAGUUUUCUGUUAUCUGUUAUCCCUCCUCCUUCUCUUCCAACACCUCCUCCCUCUUCCUCCUCUUCCGCUCUCUCUUCUUCUCCACCUCCUCCUCCUCCUCUUCCUCUUCCUUCUAUUCCUUCUAC